AUGAAAAAAUAUUCAAAAAUUCCGAUAAUAGUAACAGAAGAUGUUGAAUUGCCAAAUAUAUCACCAAAAAAAACGCAUAAAAAGAAAAUUAGCGAUAGAUUUGAUGAGGAUGAUACUGAAAAUGAUUUCGGUGAUAAUGAACUUCUUUUGGAAAGAAAUAAAUCUUAUUUAGACAUAAAUGAUUUUUAUCCACAUGAAAACUCCCCAAUACCCAUGGCUGUUAGUACAAAAGAUGAUCCAUCCCUACAAUCGAUAACGUUUCGUUUUUGGGUACUUAUGCUCGGUGCAGCAAUAUCUCAGUUCUACUACUUUCGUUCAAAUGGUGGUGGAUACUCUGUAUUCUUUGUAUUGUUAGUAUCUCAUGUUCUUGGUAAAUGGAUGUCUAAUGUUUUGCCAACAAAACAAUUUCAAAUUUAUAAUUGGAAAUUUUCAUUAAAUCCCGGUCCAUUCAAUAUAAAAGAGCAUGUUUGUAUAGCAGUAGCUGCUGCCGCAGGUGGUGGCACGGCAUAUGCAACAGAUAUUAUUGCUAUACAGCAAUUAUUUUAUGGGGACAAUGCUAAUUUUUUACUUGGAAUUUUACUAUUAUUGAGUACUCAGAUGAUUGGAUAUGGAUUAGCAGGAUUUUUGAGAAAAUAUCAAGAAACUGGUUUUUUAGAUGAAGUAGCAUAUAGUAAUUAUGGGCCUGUAUUUCUAAGUGUCACAUUUGCGGUUGGAUAUUUCUACUCUUUUAUAGGUUUCUCGUCAGCUAUCAGUCAUGUUAUGUUAUUUUACGGGAAUGAGAUUUGGAGUAGGUUUAAGGCUAGCAGACAGGAAGGUGAAGAUAUUCAUUGUAGAAUGAUGAGAAUUUAUGAAGAGAUACCAAACAUAUGGUAUUUUAGUAUAUUUGUAACAAUGUUGACAAUUGCAAUCACAAUUUGUUAUGUGUCUGAAUCAAAUUUACCAUGGUGGGGACUAUUAUUGGCUGUAGCUCUUGCUUGUGUCAUGGUGCUGCCAAUAGGUGUAAUUCAAGCAAUAUCAAAUAGCCAAGUUGGUCUUAAUGUUAUAUCUGAAAUGAUUUGCGGGUAUAUAUUUCCAGGCAGACCAAUAGCCAAUGUAUAUUUCAAAUCAUAUAGUUAUAUGGCCAUGUAUCAAUGUUUAUCAUUUGUUUCAGACUUGAAACUGGGACUAUAUAUGAAAAUACCACCAAAAGCAUUGUUUGUGGCGCAAGUAUGGGGAACUUUUGUAGGAGCAUUUAUAAAUUAUUGGACACUACAACUUAUUUUAGAUUCAAAACGUGAUUUUUUGGAUGGUACCAGACGUGAUCCAACUGGUCAAUGGACUGGUUACCGAUCUCAAGUUUUUAAUACUGCUUCAAUUGUGUGGGGGUUAAUUGGACCUGCUAGAACUUUUGGAAGUGACUCAAUGUAUCAUAUUAUGUUAUGGGGCUUCUUAAUAGGAUUUCUAUUACCAUUCCCAAUCUAUUUACUGCAUCGAAGAUUUCCAAAUGCAAAACUUCGUCUAAUCACUGUACCCUUGAUUUGUCAUGGUUUGAGUAUAAUACCUGGCACAUAUACCAACUUCAUAAUUAUGGGAUUUAUGGCUAGCUUCUUGAGCCAAUUUUGGGCAUACAGAUAUAAUUAUGUAUUAUCAGCUUCACUGGAUAGUGCGUCACAAAUUGUUACUAUGUUUAUUUUCUUUUUAUUGAGUGGUUUAGUUGAGAUACCGUUUCCGGAAUGGUGGGGAAACAAUCGAGAAUCACAAGGUGAAAGGUGUUUUUUGCCACCAGGUUCAUCAAAAAUUUGA